AAGAUAACCUUCUCCCAUAUAGUGAAGAAGUCACUCACCAAACCCCACCAGAAACUAAUGAUACUCCCUUUUGGAUUAUUCAUCUUGACCAAGAAAAUAUUCUUGAACCUAGGAAUUCUA